AUGAAUUUUGAAAACAGAUGGGUCUUGAGAUCCGCUCUGAACUUCUCAAGUGAUAGAGAAGUAGUCAGAGAAGUAGGUAGAGAGUUCCAGAGAAAAAGACCAGAAAAAGCAAAAGCAGAUUUGGCAAAAGAGUGUUUAACACGAGUUAAGAAAAAGCGAGAAGAAGAAGACGAUCGUAAACCGGGGCGUUUAGCAAGGCCAUCAAAUUUAACAAAAUCCAAGUGGCAAACUUUUUAUGAAAAUUAUAUUCAUUUACCGGAUUUAAAAAACGCACAAGAGUCGGUUUUGAAGAUGGAGAGUAAAUACUUGAGUGGUCAGAAGGAAAAAAACCAAUGUUGGCAACUCUUUCUUGCUGCUCAAUCUCGUUUAAAAGAUGUUCAUGCCAAUCUUGACCCACUUCCCACCAUAGACGCUAGAUAUCCCCAGUUAAUGAAUGAGGAAGUUGAAUUGCUAAAGAAAAUUCGUUCAUUAUCUUUAGACUUUAAUUUGUAUGACAGAAAUGACAAAAAUAACAUGGGAGCUCUGUCAAAUGCAAUUGAAGAGUGUAUUGGAGCUGAAAAAAAAUGUGAACGACGUGCAUUUAGAUUAUUCAUUUUGGCAGUUCUUGGCAGUAUUCUGUUAGCCUUUGUUAUUACCUACUCUUUCUAUAAAUUAUAUUUCACUUCAACACUUGAUAAAUUAGAAAAAAACAAUGAUUCUCUAAGAACCAUAAUUCUGGAGUUUAUUGGCUGGAUAGAACUACAAAACAAUAAAAUAAAAAUCUUUCUUGAAGACAUGUGGCAAACUAUUGGAUUUGAAAAAAAAAUCUCUAUAGACACUUCAGCACACCCAUCACUUAGUGAUACUGAUGAUGCCUUUGUUAAGAAAAGCAAGCUAUUUCAUGAAGUUUCACAUUUAGAAAAUGAAUCAUCUCUUCAUGAAAUGAUUUUAAUUGAAGAGAAACUUUUGAAAAAAAAAGAGUUUCUCAAAUUGCCUACUUUAGAAAUUAGUAAGAAUGAAGAGGUGUCAGACAGAGGGUUGUGGGCUACCACUUUUGGUUAUGGAUCUGCAGCAGUUCUAAUACCGCUAGUUUUUUUUCUCUUUGCAUAA